AUGAUAAUUGAUAUUGAAUAUGAUAAAAUGAAUGUGUAUUUGUAUGAUGGAAAUGAAUAUGAAAGAAUUGAUAGAAUGAAAUAUUUAAAAGAAGAAGAAAAGAAAAUAAUUGAAGAAAUCAUUUCCAAUGAUAAGACGAAUGUGAAAAUUAGAAAAGAAAAUAUUAAAGGAGUAGAAAUGAUGAUUAAACCAGAAAGUAAAUUAUCAAUGAUAUUUAAUAAUAUUAAGAAAGAAGUAGAAAAGAAAGGAGAAAAUGAAAGAACAAUCAUUUGUAUUCCUAAUGGAACAAGUCAAGGAAAUGAAAGAAGAAUCGAAAAUUCAACAAAACUAGGAAGAUUAAAUAAUGUACAAAUCAUACGGAAAUAUCAUAUAAUUGAAAGAAUACAUUCAGAAGAAUAUAACAUAGAAACACCAAUUCUUAUCAUAGAAAAUACAGAAAUAACAUAUGGAAAUAUUAAAAAAGAAAGAGAUAAGAUAAGAAUAAGAAUAAUAAAUAAUAUAAGAACAAACAAUAUAAUAGAAGAAAAUAAAGAAAUCAAUAGAAUAAUAACAGAAGAAAAAGAAGAGAAAGGAAUAAUAAUAAACAACAAAAUAAAACAAGAAAAAGAAAUCAAAAUAAACACAAAAAGAUAUGAAUAUAAAGAAAUCAACGAAGAAACAUAUAUUAAAACAAUAAUAGAAAUGAUAGAAAAAGAAGAAGAAUAUUUAGAAUAUUCAUCAGAAAGAGAAAUGAUAAUAAAUAUCAAAAGAAUAAUAUACAAUAAUAAAAUCAAUAAAAGAAUAAUUGGAAAAAGAAGAAUAUGA